AUGCGACGUGUGCGGACAGUCGGGGCUAGAGCAUAUCCGCAUGUGGUCAUGGUAGCCACCAGGCUUGCGUCCGGCCUCGAUGGUUCACUCGCUGCCGCACUUGCCAGUCCUUUGGGAGGCUCUAAGGCUACCGCCGUACUUCUCUGUACUUUACCCUUACUCUGGCCUCAUGCCGGCCUUACACUAGGCUCUGGCACAUGUGCGGUACUGCUGGCCACCGCCCUGCGGCCUGAGCUCUUUGAGCCCUUGGCAAUACACGUACGUACACUUGCCGUGCACGUACGGUUUGCCUAG